AUGGAUUUGGCUAAUCCUGUUUUCUCUUCAUUCUUUAUAGAGAAUGGCACCUGCAUCCUUAAAUGCUUACUCAACAGAGACACUGAAUGUUGCCGUGUGGUCAAGGAGUCCAUCUUGAUUGCUCUGGGGUAUAGCACUGCUUUGCUGAAGUUUGAAUCUCAUGCUGGAAAAGAAGAGCAGAUUGGUGUUGCUUCUCACGGGCACCAAAAUAAGAUAGCCAUUCUCAAUGAGCUUUUGAAGAAAACAGCUCUCGAUCCACUAGCAGUGUUAAAUUCCCGGGUGUCGGGAUGGCCAGUAUCUCCAGGUAAAAGCAUCUUUACAGAUGACUCGGCUCUUCGUGUGAAUGUUGAGACCCACAAUGUUGUAGCAGCGAAUUCUGUCUGUGGUGUUCUGGAACCGAGCAAUGGGAGAAAGCUGUUGAAUGGCACCUGGAAGGAUGAGUGGGAAGUGAAUGUCAAAGGUGAUCUGACAGCAGAAAUAGGGUUCAAAGUGAAGGCCGGGCCCAAGCUGAUGUGGGAAUCUGUAAAGUUCAGUGCAUUUUCAAAUAUCUUGAAAAGAUGCCGGAAUCAGAAAAAGGAGUGUUCAGGGUUCAGCCAGCAGACGGAAGAGGCAUCUGCAGCACAGUACUUCCAGUUUUAUGGCUGCAUUUCCCAGCAGCAGAACAUAAUGCAAGUUGUGAGGACAGCCACCUACCACAGAACCAUCCUACAGAACCACAGUGACUUUAGAGACAAGGUUGUGCUAGAUGUGGGCUGUGGAUCGGGAAUACUGUCAUUUUUUGCCGUACAGGCUGGCGCUAAGAAAGUUUAUGCAGUUGAAGCCAGUUCGGUUGCACAUGCGGAGCUUCUGUGUUCAUCCUCUAGGCUUUCAGACAAGAUCAUUGUUUUGCCAGGAAAAAUGGAAGAAAUCUCACUUCCCAAGACCGCAGAUGUGAUUAUUUCUGAACCAAUGGGAUACAUGCUGUUCAACGAAAGGAUGCUGGAGAGCUAUCUUCAUUCCAAAAAAUGGCUAAAAUCAAAUGGAACGAUGUUCCCAACAUUCAGUGACAUCCACUUGGCCCCCUUUUCUGAUGAACAGCUCUACAUGGAACACUACUCAAGAGCCAACUUUUGGUACCAGCAGUGCUUCUAUGGGGUCAACCUGUCCAAUCUCCGGGGUGCAGCAAUAGAUGAAUACUUCAGACAGCCUAUAGUAGACACAUUCGAUGUUAGGAUUUUGAUGGCUCGGACAAUCAAAUACACAGUCAACUUUCUGGAUGGCAAAGAGGAAGAUCUACAUAGAGUAGAAAUCCCCUUUGUGUUUCAGAUGGUGCAGUCUGGCCUUAUCCAUGGCCUGGCCUUCUGGUUCGAUGUGGCCUUUGUUGGAUCCCUGGUGACAGUUUGGCUGUGAACAGCUCCAACCAAGCCUCUGACUCAUUGGUAUCAGGUGUGGUGCCUUCUUCAAACUCCUCUCUUUGCCAAGGAAGGGGAGACUCUCUCAGGGAAAGCGCUGCUUGUAGCCAAUAAACAGCAGAGCUAUGAUAUUCAGAUUGUGGCCCUGGUGAACCAAUCAGGCUUCAGGUCUGGGAAUGUCCUGGAUUUAAAGAACCCAUUCUUUAGGUAA